CGAAUACUUCCGGUGACGAAAGUAAACAGACAGCAAACAAGAUGGCGGGCUAUGCGCCACCGCCUGGUCCCUAUAUGGGUUUUCAGCCUAAUGCUCAACCCAUAGGGUUUGAAAUGCACCAGCCAGGUUAUCCACCACCAAAUAACGGACCUGGUUACCCUGAGCCUCCUGCACAUGAUAUUUAUCGCCCGACCACGAACGAUUACCCAAGCUACGCCAAACCCGCUACUCCAUCGUACCAUCACCACGGGGAUGAAAACGCAGACAAUCUUCCUCCUGUAGGCUUUGAAGGCAUCUCCAACCAUCAGGAUCCAGAAACAGCUACGGCUUCGGGUGUCAGACUUCUUGAAAGUUCAAGGGAAGGCCCUGUUCCGCCAGUUUAUACACAAUCAUUUAACAAAGAUUCGCCCCGCGACGUAGAGAAAGGAAAAUGUUGUGAUACACUUUUCUUCAAAGAUGGGAAGAGACGAAUUGAUUACAUUCUGGCAUAUGAAAUUGACACUACUAAAGACAGAGAGUGGCAGCAGAAGCGGGAAGAAAAACGAAUAGCAUUUGAGGCAAAUUUGGAAAGAGAAAAUUUAGAAUUGGAAGCUGAAGGCAUUGAGACUUCCAGUAAUGGAAAGACAGCUUUUAUCAAGAUUCAUGCACCUUGGAGAGUUCUCACCCGCGGUGCAGAGGAGAUGCUCAUGAAGAUGCCAAUCAAGGAAAAUGACUUGGACACUAGGGAUUGGACAGAAAGAUGUUUUGACACCAUUGGAAUUCGCAAUCCAUUUGAACUCCGAGUUGAGGAUCUUCCAGAACAGCCAAACUACUUUACCUGUGCCUUUAGAAGAGAUAAACUGGACAAGUUCUUAAUUCCGGACAACAGAGAUGACUUCUUCACUUGUGCCCAACGGAGUAGAAUUGUUCAUAGAAUUUUGAUGAGAACUCAGUAUGGUGAAAAAAGGAAUCAGAUUGGUAUCGGACGUUUGAUUAACAAUGGAACAUACACUGCAGCUUAUCCUCUGCAUGAGGGCCCCUAUGAACUGGAGCAAUCAAAUGACCCCCCAAGACCUGAAAAUGCUCGACAGUUGUUGUUCUUCACUUGGGUAAAAGCAAGUACAAGAUGGUACAAGAUGCAACCACUGGAUCACAUCAGAGAUUACUUUGGUGAAAAGAUUGGGAUCUAUUUUGCUUGGUUGGGUUUCUACACUGCAAUGUUGCUACCAGCAGCUCUAAUGGGCCUUAUUUGUGUGAUUUAUGGUGCAGCCAAGUUGAGCUCUUACAUUCCUGUGAGAGACAUCUGUGAUAAGUCACAGAAUUUUCCAAUGUGUCCUCGCUGUGAUAGAGGUUGCCCAUACUGGCACCUCUACGAUACCUGUAUUUACUCCAAGGUGGCUUACGUCUUCGAUAAUGAAUUCACUGUUGUUUUUGCUAUCUUUAUGUCAAUUUGGGCCACCAUGUUCCUUGAGUUUUGGAAGAGACGUCAGGCAGAGAUUGCUUAUGAAUGGGACUUGCUGGGAUAUGAGGACGAGGAGGAGCAACCUCGUCCCGAGUACGAGGCCUUGGCAUUAGAAACUCGCUUGAAUCCCAUCACUAAAGUGGAAGAGCCGUUCAUCUCGAUUGGCAAGAAAGUGCCAAGAUUUGUGUGUGGUAUAAGUUUCAUCGUUUUCAUGUUAGCGCUUGUUCUCAUCGCAGUGUUUGCUGUGGUGGUAUAUCGCGCUGCAGUGUAUGCCGUGUUAGCUGGGCAAAACGAUUAUAACAUGGGAGCUGUCAGCAUCGCAACCUCUGGUACAGCCGCUCUCAUCAACCUUAUUAUCAUCAUGCUUCUUAACAAGGUUUACGAGAAAUUAGCGGAGAUACUGACAAGAUGGGAGAUGCCUCGCACGCAGACCGAGCUGGAAGACAUUUUCUCGUUCAAGAUGUAUCUCUUCCAGUUCAUGAACUAUUACUCGUCACUUUUUUACAUCGCAUUUUUCAAACUCAAUCCUGGCAGACCAGCCAAAUUUAACAGGAUUUUUGGGAGAUACCGUCAGGAGGAGUGUAAUCCGGCAGGUUGUUUAUUUGAGCUCUUGGUGCAGCUGGCAGUCAUUAUGGUCGGAAAACAGAUCUUUAACAACUUCAUUGAAGUAAUUGUGCCGAAGCUCCAGAACUGGUGGAGGCGUCGGCAGAACAUUGAAACACCAGACUUGGCCGAAUACACGCGCUGGGAACUAGACUAUGAUUUGAAUCAGUAUCCCGCGCAUGGCUUGUUUUAUGAAUACCUUGAAAUGGUGAUCCAGUAUGGGUUUAUAACGUUGUUUGUUGCUGCCUUUCCUCUUGGUCCAUUCUUCGCUCUUAUCAACAACUUGUUGGAAAUUCGUCUUGAUGCUUACAAGUUUAUUGUUGUUUUCCAACGACCAAUGGCGGCCCGUGCUCAGGAUAUAGGAAUCUGGUACACGAUUCUUAAAGCUGUCACCAAGAUCUCUGUGGUUGUGAAUGUAAGAAAUGUAACUCGAGUAACUGAUCCAUGUCUUCUCAUGGUAACUCUUUUCGACAAAGGUUUUGAGCGAAAAAUAACAUAUGAAAAAAGUGAUAUUGGUCAUGAUUUGUAUCGAUAUGGCUUGAACAUCAUGGACCUAACUUGACUGUUUAGUCAAUAGCGCGGAU